AUGAUCAACACCAGCAGCGAAGUGAAUUAUCACUUCUCUUCUGGUUCAUUUGACGUUCCGGCCCGCACCGCCUUCCUCCUCUUUGCGCAUAAGCCGUCGAAUGCUGUACCGCUGCCGCCUAGUCAAGACCCAUGGUACAGCGCCCCGGAGGGGUUUGAAAUUGCUACGCCAGGCACUAUCCUCCGCCUGCGUAUCGCCCCUGGUAAUCUGACCUCCGAGGUGGUCAAGAAUGCGACGGCGGCGUACAACAUUCUCUACAGAACUACCGACUCGCACGACCAGCCAGCGUGGGCUGUCACAACGCUUUUCAUCCCGACAACGCUCUACGAGACCCCUUCGGGCAAAAAGGCUCUCGUGUCGUACCAGUUUGCGUAUAACUCAGCUGACGUAGAUUCGAGUCCUUCAUAUGGCUUCUACUAUGCUUUGUCUCAGCCUGUUCCCAGCCUAAACAUACCCGCAAGCACGGACCUCUUAACUCAACUCUUAACAAAAGGCUGGAUCGUAAAUUCACCAGACUACGAAGGCCCCAGCGCCGCUUUCGGCGCUAGUAUACAAUCCGGGCGCGCUACCUUAGAUGCGUUACGCGCCGUCGUCAACCUAGCAAAUCUGACCGGACUUGGUCCUCUGUCCGUCGCUAUGUGGGGUUACAGCGGUGGCAGCAUUGCCACCGAAGCAGCAGCUGAGCUACAGACGGAGUACGCACCAAGCCUUUCGAUCAGCGGUGCGGUGGUUGGAGGGCUUGUUGAUAAUAUCUCUGCCGAUUAUGACUUAUUUAACGGGACCGUGCUCGCGGGUAACCUGGUCGCUGUCAUCCUAGGCUUAGUCUCUCAGUACCCCGAGGCAUUGGCGUACGUCCACAGUCGACUAAAGCCCGAGACGGCGGACGAAUUUCUGGCGGCUAAGCAUAUGAAAACGGGCGCCGUCACAAGUUUUUUCUCCUCCAAAGAUAUCUACAGCUACUUCAUUGGAGGGGCAGCUGACCUGCAGGCUCUACCUCUGCAGAAAGUAUACGAACGGGAGUGCCGCUUGGGAUACUAUGGCCUGCCUAAAAUACCCUUAUUUCUGUACAAAGCGAUCGGGGACCAGUAUUGCCCAAUUAGCCGGACCGACGCACUUGCCAGCCGGUUCUGCGACGCCGGCGUUGAGCUGACGUUCGAGAGGAACACGGUUGGAGGGCAUGUCGCGGAAAUUGGGAACGCGAAGCCCAGAGUUUUCGAGUGGCUUGAGAGUAUUUUCCAAGAAACUUACCAGGUACCGGUUGGAAGCUGUUCCAUACGUGAUGUGACAGUCAACAUCACUAAAUUAUCUACCUAA